AUGUGUAGCAACCAGAGUCAGCCCACCGGCGGCCCGCGCAGGAGCCUGAUCCGCCUGAUCCGCCACCGCGCAAUCUUGAGGGCGUGGAAUCAAAUACAGUGCAGCAUGUCGCAGGAGGCAAGGCCAGAGGCGGCGCGACGGUCCAUUGACGAUGCGGAACAGAACAGGGAGUUUCCUUUUUCGUCUACUGUUCCCAGCGCCGCCAUCAACUUUCGCCGAGUCUCUAAAAGUGGUUUCAGGAAGUCUACGCCAGCACGAGCUUCUCGAACGACCAUCACGGUGGAUAUCGCCUCCCUCAUCAAACGAGAAGACUCAGAUGAGUCGAAAAUUCUGUCAGCAGACUCCAAUCGUCCUCCAGUAUUCUCUUCCGCUGCACAGCCGGCCCCAAUGCUCGCACAGCCCAUGUCCCAUGGACCACCUCCUCUGGCCUCCCAGAUGUCCCACCACCAGAUGCCCCGGCUGCCUCCCAGAGGUGGUAGCUCGUCCAGCCGACGCCAACUGCCUCCGCAAGGCGUAGAACAGUAUCCGCAACAGCCGGUCAAGAAGCAGAGCAAGUGGUCCGCCGACGAAGACGCCAUCAUCAUCGAGCUCCGAGGCAAAGGAAUGAAGUGGGACGACGUCUCGAAGCACUUGCCUGGACGAAGCUCCAUCAGCUGCCGCCUACACUAUCAAAAUUAUCUGGAACGACGCAGCGAGUGGGACGAAGAACGCAAGAACAAACUCGCACGGCUAUAUGACAGAUUCAAAGCAGAGAUGUGGGCGAAAGUGGCGGAAGAAUUACAGGUUCCGUGGCGUGCGGCAGAAGCCAUGCACUGGCAGCUUGGAGAACACGACAUGGCACGCCGAGCCGGCCAAACCCCGUUUACCCUUGCCGCCGUCAAUGCCGAGGCCGCCGGCCGAAACGCCCAGAUCCGAGGCCACGCCCAUUCCCACUCGCAAGAGAGUGUAGGACGCGAGAUGCGAGCGUCGCCGCCACAAUCGUCUUACGGAGCCAUGGGCGGCCCGCGGCCACCGGGCGUCAUGUCCCGUCGUGAUGCGGCGGGCAUGCAGAUCGGUCCGCCGCCGCCGCAUCCCAUGCCGGCGUCUGUCACGUCGGCGCCGCUGCAGAAGCAACAGCCGCCUCAACCGCACCCCGACUACAUCUACAACAUGGGCCACGGCCUGCCGCCGAUCCAGCCUCAGCCGUCACCACGAGUGCCCGGUCCGCUGCCUGGCGUCGCCGAACUGACCACGGGCGUCACGCCCUACUCUACGCCCCCUUCGGUGCACAUGCCUGGACCGCCGCAGAGCAUGCAUCACGGAAUGCCGCCGCACGGCCACCCCCCGGGGCAGUCCAUAGAUACCAUUCUUUUGCUUCCUCUGUUGCUCGCGAUGCUGUUGACCUUUGGCCUAGGUGUUCGAUUCAUUUUUGAAAUUUCAUGUACUAUUGAGGACUAA